AAAAAAAAAAAAAAAACCUAGAAAUUCUUGAAGCGAAUUCGGGUUCAUUUGGGGUUAUUAGCGGUUAGUGUUCUCAAUGUCCAACAAUCGCCUGGCAUUCGAACUCUCGAUCUUCCAAAUGUAAGCAAAGAUUCACUUUUGAUUUCUGGGUCCGAUACGUUUUGUCCACGGAUUUGGUUGAUUCAAUCGUUCCAUACGGCCAAGCUGUUGUGCUUACUAGCUCUACUCCUUUUUUUUGUUGAGAAUUUCGUUCCAUUUGGUUCAGAUAUCAUUGAAAUCUAGGUUUGAUUUUGCAAAUUAGCUGGUGGACACGUUGCCUUCCACACCGCUUUAGCUCUGAAGUACCUUCAUCACUGGUGUUGCCUGCUGUUUUGGCUGAUGAUCAUUUUCGUUGUUAGCGAAAGCUUACAUAGGCAAGAAAAUUGUCGCACAUUUACUUUGGCAACCAAGAAAAUCUGAAGUUGUGGAUAGUGGGUUGGUGGUGUUCUUAAAGUUGCCGCAACCUUUUGGUGUCCAUGCCUUGUAAUACGAGAUCUGUCAUAAAGUUUGUAUUUGCUUUGGUCUCCAAAGGAGGACCCCCCCGGUCAUGGCUGAGAAGAAAAUUAUAGCUAUUUGUCAAUCAGGCGGUGAAUUUGAGACUGGUAGAGAUGGCAUGCUUUUAUACCAUGGAGGAGAUGCCCAUGCUAUUGAUGUGGAUGAUAAAAUGAAGUUUAAUGAGUUCAAGGUGGAAGUAGCCGAAAUGUUUAAUUGUGAUAUGGACACUAUGUCGAUCAAAUACUUUCUCCCUGGCAACAGGAAGACUCUCAUUUCACUCUCCAAUGACAAGGAUCUAAAGCGCAUGUUAAAGUUUCAUGGAGAUUCUGCCACUGUUGAUAUUUUUGUAAUCAUGGAAGAAGUUAUGGCUCCCAACAUCUCAAAUUUGCCUGCCAGUAGGUCAAGUAGAACGACUUUGUCAGAAACAGUGGUACCGGUUGAUGGUACCCCAUUGGCUGUCGUCCAUGGUAUUGGGGAUGAUAAUACCGAGUCUGAUAUCCCGCUUGAUGGUGCACUGGAUGUUGUGGAUGACACAAACCCUUUAGUUACCCACAUUGAUAUAGCAGGUGACAUCACACCAAUUCUUCCUCUUCUUGGUUCAAGUGAUGACAAGAAUGGCAAAGGUGCACAGCAGUGGCAGAAUACCAUUACUGGGGUGGGUCAACGAUUUAGCAGUGUUCAUGAGUUUCGGGAAUCACUUCGUAAAUAUGCCAUUGCACAUCAAUUUGCAUUCAGGUACAAGAAAAAUGAUAGUCAUCGGGUGACUGUUAAAUGCAAGGCUGAAUGUUGCCCUUGGCGGAUUCAUGCAUCGAGAUUAUCAACCACUCCAUUAAUAUGUAUUAAGAAGAUGAAUUCCACACAUACUUGUGAAGGAGCAGUUGCGACUACAGGUCACCAGGCUACAAGGAGUUGGGUGGCAAGUAUUGUUAGGGAGAAGUUAAAAGUUUUCCCAAAUUACAAACCAAAAGAUAUUGUUCAUGACAUCAAACAGGAAUAUGGAAUACAAUUAAACUACUUUCAGGCCUGGCGUGGGAAAGAAAUAGCAAAGGAGCAGCUUCAGGGCUCAUAUAAAGAAGCAUAUAAUCAGUUACCUUUUUUAUGUGAAAAAAUAAUGGAUACGAAUCCUGGUAGCCUUGCCACCUGCGACACUAAAGAAGACUCGAGCUUUCACCGUCUCUUUGUCUCGUUCCAUGCUUCAUUAGGUGGUUUCCAACAGGGUUGCCGUCCUCUUAUUUUCCUCGACAGCAUUCCUUUAAAGUCAAAAUAUCAAGGAACAUUAUUGGCUGCAACAGCUGCAGAUGGAGAUGAUGGUUUUUUUCCUGUUGCUUUUUCCGUAGUAGAUACAGAAAGUGAUGAUAACUGGGGCUGGUUUCUUUUACAAUUGAAAUCAGCGUUGUCAACAUCUUGUCCUAUAACGUUCGUGGCAGAUAGACAGAAAGGUUUAACUGUUUCAAUUGCGAGUAUAUUCAAGGGCUCGUUUCAUGGUUAUUGCCUAAGGUACUUGACUGAACAACUUAUAAGAGACUUGAAAGGACAAUUUUCUCAUGAGGUGAAGCGGCUCAUAGUUGAGGACUUCUAUGCUGCUGCUUAUGCACCUAAACCGGAAAAUUUUCAGAGGUGCGUUGAAAGCAUUAAAAGCAUAUCACUAGAAGCUUACAAUUGGAUCCUACAAAGUGAACCCCAGAAUUGGGCCAAUGCAUUCUUCGAGGGUGCUAGGUAUAACCACAUGACAUCAAACUUCGGAGAGAUGUUCUAUAGUUGGGUAUCAGAGGCACAUGAAUUGCCCAUCACGCAGAUGGUUGACGUGAUUAGGGUUAAGAUAAUGGAAUUGAUCUAUACACGGCGGGCAGAUUCUGAUCAAUGGUUGACGCGGCUAACCCCAUCCAUGGAGGAAAAGUUGGAAAAGGAUGGCCAUAAGGCUCAUACCCUUCAAGUGCUAAUAAUAUCUGCGGGCAACACAUUUGAAGUUCGGGGUGACUCAAUUGAAGUUGUUGAUGUUGACCACUGGGAUUGUACGUGUAAGGGGUGGCAACUUACUGGAUUGCCAUGUAGUCAUGCAAUUGCAGUCCUUGAAUGUCUUGCUCGUAGCCCUUAUGAUUUUUGCUCCAGAUAUUUCACAACUGAAAGCUACAGAUUAACAUAUUCAGAGUCGGUGCAUCCUGUUCCUCAAGUCGACUUGCCCAUACAGAAAAGAUCUCUACAGGCCUCAGUUACUGUAACUCCUCCUCCUACACGUCGUCCACCUGGUCGACCUACAUCAAAACGAUAUGGAUCCCCAGAGGUGAUGAAACGUCAACUUCAAUGCAGCAGAUGCAAGGGGCUCGGGCACAACAAGUCAACCUGCAAAGAAUUACUGCAGAGUGUUUGAUAUUGAUUGUGAAAGACAGAAGGACCAGAAGUUCCCAUUGUAUAAAGGACUACGUCGAAACAUAUACUUCUACCUCUACUUAUUUGCUUCCGUUGACUGAUAUGUCGAACCAGUCACCCGAUGUCGUAAAUGGUAGUCUCUUUCUCUCUCUCUCUCUCUCACUCUCUCAUUUAAUGUUUCCUUUUUAGAUGUUUUGCUAAUUUUUGCUACAAUGAUAACAAUAAUUUUAGGAAGCCAAUGAAAAUAGUAGGUUGUUUGAAUGGCCUCACUGAGUUGUAGACAUGAAGCAAAUAUGUUGCAUUUUACUCUCAUCUGAUCUCCAGUAUUUGUACCUCUCUCCCCCCUUCCCUCUCCGCUCAGAAGAAGGAAGGGAGUUGGGAAAUCCUUGUGUUCAUCUAUAAUUGUCAAAGAAUGGAUGGCGGUUCCAUUCUUUUCCUGCUUUAGAGGGAAAAUUGUUUACACAAAAAGUUAUUACUUUCGAAAGUCGUCCAAACUCGAUCAUAUUUGUAGAUAUUGUUAUGAUAAUGGCCUCCGAGUUGUUACGUUGCAUAUAGGUAGAGUUGUCAAAUUUUCCCGCCAUAGAUGUUAUAAACAAGUCAGUUGGGGAAUUCUUUUUCCCUCUUUUUUACUUUUCGAAGUGUGAUUUAGCAUUUUUACUUUUCGAAGUGUGAUUUAGCAAGAUCUGUAAUGUUAAAUGACUUCGAGAGAAAAGUCGAAGUAAUUGUGAAUUUCUCUAUACACCUCUAAAAUGUCGACAACUGCUUAUGUCUAUCGACCAAUGUUGUCGACCACCAUCCACCUCCAACGAUUGGGGAUUGGUGCCUGUUAAUCAGGACUGAAGCCAAUGGAUCGCUAAAGUGGUUGUUAGUCACCAUUUGCCGGCCAAUGGUUCUCAUUCUCGGUCAUUGACAACCAAGAACCAAUAGCUUGUGACUGGAGACCAACAACCAACAACACCUUUGGCAUCAACUGGUUCGAGGACUACCGAUCGACAAUCGACACACCCAUUUCCGACUACACUGACCUCCACCCACAAUCGACAACUAGAACCGAGGGCAGGUAACCAGCAAUCAGCAAACAACGAUCUCAAUUGCUAAUCACCGAUCUUUGUUCUCUAAUUCCUAGUCUCGAUUGUUAGUAUACUCAUUGUCAUCGUAAUUACUAGAGCAUUCUAAACACACUUGUAUUUUUCCAAUUAUACUUUGUUCAUAUUGAUUAAGAUUAACAUUGGAUUGAAGAUGCAGUAUAUGUAUUGAGUUGAGACUAGACUUUUCAGAA